GAGACGUGGUGGGAGGAGGACGUGCGUGUCUCUCCUCUCCUGUUUAUCACUGAAUAUUAGGAACAGAGUGAGAGAGAGAAAGAGAGAAAGCGAAAACUGAGAUAAGAGAGAGAAAUAAAGUGCGAUAAAGAAAGAGAGAGAGAGGUAGUGGUUUAUCGUGAAAGUACAAAGGAAAUAAAAAUAAGGAAAGAGAAAAUAAAGAAAAGAGAAAGAAAAGGAAAAAAGUUACAACGGAAAAAGUAAAAAAAAGUUAGACAAUAAAGAAAAAAAAUAAGAAAAAGGAGAACGAAGUGAAAUCAGAGUAAGAAAAGAAAAAAAAAAAGGAAAAUAGCGAAGUAGCGAAAUGAAAAUGUAGUGUCCGUGUGAGUUAGUGUGUAUGUGUGUGUGUGUGCGUGUGUGUGUUUGCGAGCGUUCAAAAGUGAGUGAAAAGAGAAAAACACACCAAAAAAAACACACAUAAAAAAAUCACCCUCGGAAACUGUAACACUGACGAAGGAAGAAAAAAAAGAAAGAACAAAAAAAUAAAUAAAUCAAACAAAAAUUGAUAAAAGAGAGGAAGUGAGGAGGAUAAGAUAAAGCAGAGACGAACUUAGAAACCCCACAUCCGCUACUACUACUACUACUACUACUACUACUACUACUACUACCGCCACCAUCACCGCCACAGUCAUGAAAGAGGUCGCGUUUCCAAAUUUACCUUCACCUAAUGACCAAAUGCAGAACGCGCAGGAAUUCAUCGGCUUCGCGACCUUACCAGAACAAGUCCAUCGGAAGAGCGUGAAGAGGGGCUUCGACUUCACGCUGCUGGUGGUGGGCGAGUCGGGGCUGGGCAAGUCCACGCUCAUCAACAGCCUCUUCCUCACCGACCUCUACAAAGAGCGGAAAGUGCCCACGGGGGAAUCCUUGGUGGAGAAGACGGUGACGAUAGAGAAGAAGACGAUAGAGAUAGAGGAGCGGGGCGUGAAGCUUCGGCUGACGGUAGUUGACACGCCAGGGUUCGGGGACGCCGUGAACUGCGAGGAGGGUUGGAAGUCGGUGGAGCGCUACGUGGACGAACAGUUCAACAAGUUCUUCCAGGAUGAAUCAGGACUCAACCGCAAGAACAUCCAGGACCACCGCGUACACUGCUGCCUCUACUUCGUGCCCCCCUACGGCCAUGGGCUGCGGCAGAUGGACGUGGAGUUCAUGCGGCGGCUACACAGGAAGGUGAACAUCGUGCCGGUGAUCGCCAAGGCCGACACGCUCACCAAGACGGAGAUCAAGAAGCUCAAGACAAACAUCCUCAACGACAUCGAGACAAACAAGAUCAAGAUCUACCAGUUCCCGGAGUGUGACUCAGACGAGGACGAGGACUUCAAGCAGCAGGACCGGGAGCUCAAGGCGUCCAUCCCUUUCGCGGUCAUCGGGUCGAACUGUGUCAUCGAGGUGGCCGGGAAGAAGAUGCGGGGCCGACAGUACCCCUGGGGCAUCGUGGAAGUGGAGAACACGGCUCACUGCGACUUCGUGAAGCUGCGCACGAUGCUCAUCUCCACGCAUAUGCAGGACAUGAAGGAGGUGACGCAGGACAUCCACUACGAGAACUUCCGCGCGCAGUGUAUAUCCCAGAUGCAGCAAGUGGCCCUGAAGGAGAGGAACAAACUGAAGAGGGAGAGCGCGGCAAACUUCGACACAGUGGGGGACGCUGACCGACUCUUGCAGCAGAAGGACGAGGAGAUUCGCCGCAUGCAGGAGAUGUUGAGUCAAAUGCAGGAGAAGCUGAAGGAGUCGGGGAAGGAGCCGGCCGUGUCCUUGGCCCUCGACCCUAGCAAGCGGGACUCCGUGGUUAACGUGUGACCCUCCGUGGACUCCCUGGUGGACUUGUGACCUGCCGGGGACCUGGUGGCGUAGACGUGACCCUUGACCUUUGAUAUGACCUUGUGCGACUGACUGGUGUGGUGGUUUGUUUACUGUGUGUGUGUGUGUGUGUGUGUGUGUGUGUGUGUGUGUGUGUGUGUGUGUGUGUGUGUGUGUGUGUGUGUGUGUGUGUUUGACAAGUUUGUAUUAUACCCUUUUCUCUUUCUUUCCUUUUUUUGUGUUUGUGUGAGGACAGUGUAUGUGUGUGUCUGUUUGUGUGUGUCUGUGUGUGUGCGUGUAAAGUCAUGUGCGUGUGUAUGUAUGUGUUUCAGUCUGCUUCUAUAAAUACCCCUUUUCUCUUUUUCCUUUUUUUGCGUGUCUGAGAGCUGUGUGUGUGUGUGUGUGUGUGUGUGUGUGUGUGUGUGUGUGUGUGCGUGUGUGUGUGUGUGAUUUUAUUUUUUUUGUGUGUAUGUAUUAGAGUCUGGACUAGUCUAACGUUAACCUCUAUCCCACUGUGUUCGUGAAUGCUCCAGCGUUCAAUACUAUUAAUAAUUUUACGUCUUCUAAGAUGUUAAUUCUCACUUUGAUAUCAUUUCCCAAAACUUGAACUCUCACACCCAGUUGCUAUUUUAGUUUCGAGACAUAACUCUUUAUUAUUUAACUUAUAUAUUUUCAGCUCCGGCGUUCAAAACUGUCAAUAAUUUUAUGUCUUCUAAGAUGUUAAUUCUCGCUCCGAUAUGAUUUCCCAAACCUUGAACUCUCCCACUCAAUCGCUAUUUCAGUUUCGACAAGUAACUCUUUAUUCUUUAACUUAUGUAUUUUCAGGGCUGUUCUAAUGUUGAUCUUUCAAUGCCUCGUUGAAAGAGCUAAGCAUUCCUCUGUGCAGGAUCUUUUGUGAAUAUUACUUAAUUCUCUAAGUAAGAAUCUAAAGCCUCCAUUUACUAAUUUACAGUUGUUUACCAGAUCUGAUGUUUAACCCUUAGAUUUAAUGAACACUAAGUUAUGUAUAGAGACAGUCAUGGAAAGUCGAGUGGAAGAAUCCAUUAGUGUGUCAUGCAAAUUUGAACCCUAAGAAAGAUGGUGGGUAUAUGUGAAGGUCUUAUUAUGAUUUAGUAAGGCUUCAUUGCUGUGUGCUUUGUGUGCGUGUGACCCUGAGAGAGAGAGAGAGAGAGAGAGAGAGAGAGAGAGAGAGAGAGAGAGAGAGAGAGAGAGAGAGAGAGAGAGAGAGAGAGAGAGAGAGAGAGAGAGAGAGAGAGGCUUGCUAUUGUGGACACGUGGAAGUUUGAUUUGAGCUUAACCAGACUGCAUCAUUUUGUGCGUUGAUAGAAUGGAUACAUGAAUGGUUGAUUUUUCUUUAGUACCAUCGCUGUAUCAUUGUGUGUUUCAUGCAAAUUUACACGACCCAAAGAGAGAGAAAAAAGUGAUUGAUAUGAUGAUUAUGUGGAGAUUCAAUUCGUUUUUUUCACUGUGUUUCCUUCAAAUUAGUGUGAUCUUAAGACGAAAGUUGAUAAUGUGCUUUGGAUAUAUGAGGAAUGCAUCACUUUUGUGUGUUUUAAGUCAAUUCACAUGCGCUUAAAAGAGCUCAAGAAAGACUGAUUAAAUUAUAGAGAAAUGAAGAAGGUUUGAUUACAUUUUCACACGUCAAAUCUGCAUCAUCGUGUGUGUGUGUGUGUGUGUGUGUGUGUGUGUGUGUGUGUGUGUGUGUGUGUGUGUGUGUGUGUGUCCCAUGCUAAACAAAGUGUCACAGUAUCUCUAGUUGUUGCGUGUUCCGUGUGCAUCAAAUUUACAUAAAGUGUGUUACCUCAAACCUCCAUUCACGUUACCUGCGAAAAUAAGCCCCUCCCCCUUCCCCGGCAAGCGCACGUCAUUGGCCAGUCCACCAGGAAGCCACGCCCCCUCUCCAUCUCAAUCCGCGUGUGAUUGGUGGAUGCAGGGGAAAAGUUAACUCUCAUUGGCUGGCUGGUGUGGGCGGGGCUUAGUUGGUGAGUUAACGUGAAUGGCAGUGUGUUGGGAGGAAACUAAGGCCACUUGUGUUAAUGUAUCAUGGGGGGCUACGUUUUUUAAUAAGACUUUGUACCCAUUAUAUAUAACCUGUUUGCUGGUGAGUGCAUGAUGUGAUUUGAGUGGUGAAAGGAGAAGGAGGAGGAGGAGGAGGAGACAAGGAGAAGGAGGAGGAGGAUUUGUACUAUAUGAGCAGGAAUCUCUAUAUAUCAUCAGUGAACCUUUUUGUCCAUAUUCCAAGCUCUUCCUUACAAAAAAAUGCCAGGUAUUACAAACUCAGAAAACUAUGAUUCUAAACAAUUUCUCACCUCCUUUAAACUCCACAUACUUCAUAUCCAAUUACUCUUUUCUUUUAGGCAUACCUCCUUCAUAUUAUAACAGAGAAAACAGUAUGUUGAAUGUACUUAUCUACCCGUAAAAGUGGUUCAUAGACGGAUCAUUAGGUACAGGGCCUGAGUGACUGGUAUCGUUGGAGCUGACGUCAAGGGAAUGGCUGAGGAAGGAAGAGCUUGUAACAUGGGCAUUCAUAUCUGAUGGUGGUCACGGUGAAUGCUGACACGAAUUAGAUUGAGGUGCACAAAACUCAUAGGCAUUAAUUGACUGUUUAACACACAUACACACACACACGGUGACUCACGCACUUACACCCGCACACACGUACACACGCACCAGGCUUCAUACGUAGAGGACAUGUUAGCCAGCCUGUAUCAAUCACUCCAAUUAGUACUCAUAUAAGGAGGAAAAAAAUAUGUUCCGAAACGGUCACUUGAAUAUAAGAGAGUUAAGGAGACGUUCCCUUAGCCCAGAGUAGUUUUUAGGUCUUUUCGCAUAUACACAAUCACGAAUUAGCUUUUUCUACAUUAAUGGAGACAGCAUAAGGGGAGUAAAUAAAGAAAAAAUAAAGAAAGCUAAAAAUCAAAAAAGCUAAUUGACAUUCCCUUAGCUCAGAGUAGUUUUAUGGUAAUUUUCACAUAUAUACAAUCACGAAUGAGAUUUUCCUACAUCAAUGGAAACAGCUCAAAGG